CCAGCAUCAAGCGUGAAAUGACCUUCCCUGCAUUUCAACAGGAGGAUGUAAAAACUGAUACCAGUCAAAAACUGCCAGACCAACAGUUUCUCCUGUUUGCCACGAAGGAGGAAGAUUUAAAAACAGCAGAGACCAAAAAAACAAGCAGAGUUCAUGAGCAUGAAAAGGAAACCACUCGCUCUAUUUGUCUUCUUGAACAGAAGCGCAAGGUUGUUUCUUCAAAUAUUGAUGUGCCUCCAGCAAGAAAAUCUUCGGAAGAACUGGACAUGGAUAAAGUAACAGCAGCCAUGGUAUUAACCAGUUUAUCCACCAGCCCUUUGGUUCGCAGCCCUCCUAUCCGACCCAAUGAAUCCCUAAAUGGAUCUUGGAAAGAAGGAGGAUUUGUGCCUUCUAGCACCAGCAGUAGUGGAUACUGGAGCUGGAACGCUCCCAGUGAUCAGUCCAACCCAUCUACCCCAUCUCCGCCUCUGUCAGCUGAUAGUUUCAAAGCUUUCCGAACACCUUCCCAGCCAGAUGAUGGCAUUGACGAAGCUGAAACAAGCAACCUUCUCUUUGAUGAACCCAUUCCUAGGAAGAGAAAGAACUCAAUGAAGGUGAUGUUCAAAUGCUUGUGGAAGAACUGCGGAAAGGUACUGAGCACAGCUGCAGGGAUUCAGAAACACAUACGGACUAUUCACCUUGGACGUGUAGGGGAGUCUGACUACAGCGAUGGAGAGGAGGAUUUUUACUACACAGAAAUCAGGCUCAAUACGGACUCAGUAGCUGAUGGCUUAAGCAGUCUUUCUCCAGUGUCUUCGUCUUUAGCAUCUCCUCCUUCCUUUCCCACCCAAGAUGCAAUCCGUCCUGAAACACCCUGUGCCAAAACUGAGACUAAAUUGAUGACACCUCUGAGCCGCUCAGCUCCUACCAACCUCUACCUCGUACACACGGACCACGCUUACCAGGCCACUCCUCCGGUGAACAUUCCAGGGUCAACAAAAUUCACUCCUAAUGGCAGUAGCUUUAGCAUCUCUUGGCAGUCGCCUCCAGUUACCUUCACCGGCAUUCCAGUCUCACCAACUCAUAACCGUCCCACAGGGAGUGGAGAGCAGAAACAGUCCCACACAGUUCUUUCAUCACCGCCUAGAGUAGCAUUUGGCUUGAGGAAGCCUAGAGGGGAGGGGAAAAAAUGUCGGAAGGUCUAUGGGAUGGAGAACAGAGAUAUGUGGUGCACUGCCUGCCGCUGGAAGAAGGCCUGCCAAAGGUUCAUCGACUAGAGACUGGGAUUGUGCAGAGGAUUUGGGGAUGGGGCAGGACAGCAGCAGAACCAGGUUGCUGCAGCUGCACUGUAUCACUUCCCGUUUUCCCGUCAGCGAUGUGCUGUUUGGUUUUGGUUUAUUUUUUUAUUUUUGAAGAGCUUUGUAUGUCAAAGUGAAGCACUUGUAGCCAAGGAGAAGCACUAAUCAAAACCUGUGUGGAGCAAUAGAGCAAAAAAUAAUAAAAAAAAACAAAACGAAGAACAUGCAACAAAAUUCUGUCUACUAAGUAUUGAAACCAGAGCAGCUAUUAGUGUUUUUCUGUAAAAGAAAGGAAAAAGUUAAUUUUUUGCUAACUCUAUGAAACUACUUGCUCCUUUGGACCCUUUUUAACUAUUUCAGUCCCUGUGUUGUGAACGUCUGUAUUAGCUAAACUGAACAAUUCUUCUUUUCCUGGAACGAAGAUUUUUUUUUUUUUGAAAGCUUUCUAAUAAACACUUCAAAGUUAUAUAAGCUACAGUUUACUCCACAAGCGCUAUACCAAGACUGGAGCCUGCUAAAUAAUUCUCCCAAUAUGAAUGAUCAUGGUUAUAUGGUAUUUUUGGAAGGGGGAUGUGGGGAGGAGUUGCAUUUUUGUUUGUUUGUUUAUAGGAGGAAAGUCUGAGUUCACAAGAAGGACAAACAAUGUUUC